ACGUUUUACACUACGUCCGGCAAAAGUCAGCAUCCGAGGAAACAAACUGAAUUAAUUAUCUGAAUUUGAUGUUAGAUAAUUUUACACUGACAACAAAUAAAAACAUUAUUUUAAUUGGCACAAUAGUGUCCGCUUCAAGUGUUUUCUUGUUUUUAUGCAUGGGUGGUAGUUCAUCGAAAAACAUGAAUAAAUUAUGUGUUGCCAAUCCUCAGGCGAGGCACACCGCUACGUUGAUCUUCCUUCAUGGACUAGGAGAUACUGGACAAGCCUGGUCAGAUGCAUUUAAACAGUUGAAAUUAAAGAAUAUAAAAUGUGUAUGCCCUACAGCACCUGUGAUGCCAGUUACUUUGAAUGGUGGUUUCAUGAUGCCCUCAUGGUUUGACAUUGUGUCAUUGAACCCUGAUGGACAACAAGAUGUGGCUGGCAUAAACAAAGCUGUAUCAUCCUUACGUGAAUUAAUAGAAGAGGAGGAGAAGAAAGGGAUAUCGUCAGAGAACAUAAUUUUAGGUGGAUUUUCUCAAGGUGGCGCCGUUGCUCUAUACACAGCAUUUACUCAUGAUAAACCUUUGGCAGGAAUUGUUGGACUAAGUACAUGGCUGCCAAUACAUUCAGAAUUUCCAGCAGGCCUUAAAGAAGCGAACAGGAACAUUCCAGUGUUUCAAGGUCAUGGUAGAAUCGAUCCUCUUGUGCCAUUCAAGUGGGGAGAAAUGACCAGAGAUGUACUUCAGAAAAUGACGACAAAAAUUGAUUUUAAAGAUUAUCCCAUACAACACUCAUCAUGUCCUGAGGAGAUGGAUGACGUGAAAAACUUUCUCACCUCGUUGGCGAAGGAUUGACCCUCUGUGAAACUGUAGAUUAUUUCGAAUGUAAACAUAUUUUAAGCAUGAACCAAAUGUAAUACGCACAGAUCAUUUUACUUUUUUGAACAUUGUUUACAGAAUGAAGACUUGUUUUGUUUGUAAAUAGAUUAAAACAGAGGUUUUACUUGCUGCAAUAGCUAAAGAUUGGGUUUUUUCAUUGGUCACUACCACAGAAGAUGGAAAAGAUGCAGUUUGUUAUUUAUAAAUGAAUGGUAGAAUUUGAGUAUUUUUUGUUUUGUUAUUUAGAUGAUUGUUUUAUGGUGUAUGAUUGCUGAUUUUAUGAGUGGAUUUUUCAGUUGUUUUAGAGAGACAAAGGCUUUCAGUAUGGGAACAGUUAUAAGGGUCUUUUUCAUAUCACUUUGCUCAAAAGUAUGGUUGGAAAAUGUCGACUGUUAGAUUUUCAGUUAGACAUCUGGACAUAUUUUGGUUGGUUAUUCUCAAAUUUACAUAUGAAUACACCAUGGACAUUCACAUGAAAUUUCAUACAUAUCUUUAUAUAUAUUGAGACAAUAUGUUAGAAAUAUUAAAGUUCUUGUGGGGAAUAUUUUGAGUUUUUGUUUUUCAGAUGUGCUUACUUUAAAAUAGGUUUGAUUUAAACAUUGAAAAUUGUUUGCAUGAUUAGUGAAGAAGAAAAAAUGGGUAUGAAUAUAUGUGUAGCUUCCUUAUCAAAUUAUACUUGGUUUAUGGCUGGAACAAUUAUAUACAUAUUUUUAUGAUUUAUAUAUUUGUGUAAACUUACUCAUGUUUAGUAGAGAACCAUUUUGAUUUUUUUUCCAUUAAGUUAUAUUUUUAUAUCUUUUGGUACACGUCAAGCCACUCUUUAUAUUUUUUAUGAAAACUAGAAGAAAAAAAAAGAGUACAAUAAAAAAGUGUUGCUACUAACUUGUGAAAUAAACUUUCAUCACCAUUCAAUAUAGAUACUUAUAAUAUUAAUGUGAAGUGAAACAGUUUAGUUAUGGUAGAAAAUAGUGUUUUUUCAUGCAAGAUGUGUGCAGUAUGAAUGAACAUAUUCCUUUGGAGUAGCUAUCAUAUAUAACACUAGGAUUGAACUCUUACCAAAAUUGAUAAAGAGUUAUCGACGCGUUCUACUUAUAAUUUAUAACUGUUCAUUUCCUAAAUAGAGGAAAGAUGGAGCCCGUAAGUUAUUGAACCUGGCCGCACUGAAUAAAAGUGAUGGCUGACCAAGUUUUACACUGGCUUUGUUAUCUGUUAUUAUCAGGGCUGAAAGGGUUAAGAUGUCAAUUCCAAUAUUAGAAAGUGAUCAUGUAGAUGUGAAAAUACACAAUUCUCUACCUACACAUAAUCUUUCUUACUUAAAUAUUUGGAAUAAGUUGUCUCCCUUUUGUUGAAGUUAUUUAUAUUUAAUGAAACGGAAAGAUGUUGUACUAUGUUUAAAGUCUUUUUGUAUUUUAUGUUUUUUAACAUGCUUGGAAAUGUUUGGUAAAAUAAGUUUAAGUUAUAAGUUUGUAUAGGAAUCAAAACAGUUAAUUGAUAUACUUUGAAAAGAUGUUGCAGUAAAGAAAUUUUGCAACUUUUACCUGAUUUUUGGUGAAAUUUGUCCGAGCAAAUGUUAUCACAAAAACUUUUUGUAAGCCACAGAUUUCACACAAUUAGGAGUGCACAGAGUAUCAGAAUUUGAACUUAAGUUUUAUUUUGGAUGCCGUGAAAUUGUUGUUGUUGUUGUUGUUUUUUUUUUUAAAGAAGAGACAUCUUUUUUUAGAAUGGAUGAAAAGUUACUGGUAAUAUUGAGAAAGGUACACCAAGAUAAGUUGAUUGUUAUAUUUUGUGAUAUUUGUUUGAUAUACUAGUAAAUGUUAUGUUGUAAACUGGUAGUUGUUCUAUCCACUGAAUUAUUUUGGUAAUGUAUAUGUGAUGUUAACCAAGGAAGAUACCCUUAGUUAAAUACAUGUUGUUAGACAAACAAACUUAUUCAAGAUAUAAUUUGUAAACUUAUCUUAAGGCUUUGAAAAUGAAAGUUUGGCCAAGCAUUUUAAUUCAGCUACUCUUCUAUUUAUAUGUAUGACAACACUUUUUCAAGGAUAGCCUAAGAUAGUUUUUCACAUAGAAUAUCCAAAGAUAUUUUUGUUCACUUUCCCUACAAGGCAAUUUGAUGGAAGGGUUAUGAUGUCAGUUUUCACAAGAACACGGUUAAAUUCCUUAAAGUGAUCAGUAUUUUUCUUAAAGGCACAUUAUGCCUCAAAAAUCUAUAUUUGUCUAAUUCUUUAGAAAUGUCAAACAUUUGUUUAAUAAUGUUUAAAUAAUGGAAAAAGUGCAUGUUAGAUGUUUUACAACUGAAAAAAGUAAUGCUAAACAUGAAGUUAUGUGUCUUUAAUGUAGAAAAAUGUAAACAAAGUGGUAUUAACACCUCCAUACAAAAUACUUCUUCACUAUAAUUAUACCAAUUGCCAAAAAUGCAAAAAGAUAGUUGAUGUAUAUAGCAAAUGAGUAUGCUUUUGGAAACUGAAACAACAUACCAACAUUAAACAGUUUUAUUUAGAAAUAAAAGUGAGAGUAUUUCUGAGGCAAUAUGGGCCUUUAAAUGUUCUUGUUUGUCAUAUGGACACAACUAAAAGAUAUUAAUGUUCUUUGGUUAGUGGAACUGUGAAAGAUCAGAUAUGUUACAGUGUAUGACUGUCUCAAAAUUUUAAUGUUAAAUGAAUAUUUAUUAUUGUUAGAAAAGUGUGAACAUUUUGAUGAUUGACCUUUGAUCAGUGUCAAGGAAGUUAUUUUAUUAAUAACAUGCAAGGUAUCUGUUUGAAUUGUUUACACAUUAGUGAAUAUUUAUUUUUGUAGCAAAAAACAAUGGAAAUGAAGAAAUUUAACACUGGUGUCAUGAUUGGUAACAGUUCACAGUUAAAUGAUGGUUACUUUCUUUUCUUUUUUGUUAAACUAUUACAUAAGAAAAUUACAAUAAAAUAAUUUGACUUACGUUUUACCUCAAAAACAGUUUCUUGUUUGUUGUGAUUGAUACUUAUUGUUGAAAAUGAACUUGAAAUUAACCUAUUGAAUAAUUUAGAUGACUAUGUAAAAAAAAUCCUUAACAUCAUGGUAACAACAGAGACAUUGCAAUAGAUAUAGGAGCCCGCGUCAUGACAAAACCAACAUAAUGGGUAUGCGACCAGCAUGGAUCCAGACCAGCCUGCGCAUCCGCGCAGUCUGAUCAGGAUCCAUGCUGUUCGCUAUCAGUUUCUCUACUUGUAAUAGGGUUUGUAAACGAACAGCAUGGAUGCUGAUCAGACUGCACGGAUGCAAUGCUGGUUGCAAACCCAUUAUGUUGGUUUUGUCAUGAUGCGGCUCAUAGAUUGAUUGACCCUUGAUACCCUGCUGGAACCUUUGCCAUCAGUAUAGUUUGACUUGACUUGAUACUGUUGGGCAGCUUAAUUUUUUUUGUAUUUUGUUAUUGACUUCCAUUAAACAUUGAGCUGUUUUUAAUCCAAAGCAGGUCAAAAUCCAUAAUGCAAUUUCAAUAGGCCAAAGGUUAAAGGGACUCAACUGAGGUUUUUUUGACAUGAAUGGAUAACUGUAUGUAGGACACCAUUUGCUCACCUCACUUCCUAGGGAUUACAAUUUUUUUGUGCAAAUUGACUCCAAAAUGAAAAGCGUUGCCAUGCUUUUAACAACAUUUGAACCAAAAAAUGUGUAAAAAUGAGUAUCAAUUAAGUAUCUACUAUCUUGUAUGUUUACAUAUUACCUAUUGCGUAGUUUUCCUUUUUAAGUGCACCAGCUGAUUAAUGAAAAAAAUUCACAUAUUAUUAUUUUAGGCUAUUAGACCUCAGUGGAGUUCCUUUAAUAAGUGAUAAUUUCCAAAAUAGAAUCUCAAAGACAGUUUCAUAGAAAUUUCAAGAUAAUGCUCAUUGUAAAAGAUACAGACAUGUAUAAAGGGCUGUUAUUGUUAUAUUUAGAUUUUUUUAAGUCUUAAGAGGUAUAAUGAAUUUAUUAAAAAAAAGUUAAUGCAAAUGUAUUAUCACCUUAAUGCAGUAACUGGGUAUCUAUUAUUAAAUUUAGAAGGACUUAACCCGUUACUGCACUAAGGUGACGGUAUAUGACAGGCUAACAAUAUCUAGUCAGGCAAAGUUAUAUGAAUUGUUUAUAGAUGUAAUAACAAUUACUGGAAAGUUUUAUGUUCUGAACAUAAAACUUUCCAGUUAUUCAUAUACAUCUUCAGAUACUGCAAUAUACAUGUAUUCAAGAUCCACUGUCAUAUGUUAUAAUUGAUGAUUGCAAUUUAUGCACCAUAUUAUAUAAUAAUUGACGAUUUAUUUCCUGUCCUAAAAUAUAUCAGCUAGUUGCACAGUGUAGUCAUUAUGUAAGUCAAAGGGUUAUUUUUGUGAUGUAUGUUUAAAUCCUUUUUUCAAGGGGGGGACCCUGUGGCCGAGUGGUGAAGUUUGCCAACAUUAAAACACUUGCCUUCCACUCCUGUGGUUUGAAAUCCUUGCAGAAACUUAAGAACCUUACAUGUGAGGAAGCUUUCAAGCCUGCUUAACAAAUGUUAUAGGUCCUACUUUGGUGCCUGCUGGUACCUAAAAUAACGCACAAUUGUCCUCCAUCAAGUAAAACAAACAAACUCUUUUUCAGUCUAAAAAGUCUUGUAAAUUUAGGCUUCAAGUUAUAACUUAUUUUUGGUAGGUACAGAUAAAGUUUCAUCAGUCAUGUGGCUUAAGUUAAGA